UUAACUCUUGAGAGCAAAAUAAAGAUCAUUCACAUUUUUUGUUUGUUCGGCAAAUAUCUUAAAUUUAAACAAAUAAGAUCUAAAUCUAGAUUAAAAUCCAAAUUUAGAUUUAGACACUCAUUAUAUUUUGAUAAAAUAAUGAUAACGUAGGGAUGGUAGGCUUGUAUUUGCUUAAUUGUAAAUAUUGAGCUCUUCAUUUCAGUAAUACAAAUAAACAUUGCAUGUAUCCUAGCAAUGGCGUCGGUAGUAUCUUCUGCUACCCGAUAAAAGUUUUAAAAGUAUUCCUGGUAGAGGUAUGACUCUUCAGUAUCGUGUUAAUAUUAUUACAUCUGUGUAAAGUGUGUUAUAUAGAAAGUAUUGUGUUGUGACUUGAUAACCAUUCACCAUUGUAAUGCAGUACUUUUUGAUAAUUCCUUAAUAAAAACUAGAUCUUGUUACUAAGUUAGCUUUACUUCAGGUUAGGCUUAGGCCUAUCAUUCUAAACCAUCAAGAUGCCUAGCAGUGACCCAAGGAGUUAUGUCAAGGCAGUGCCUCUUCCCAUUCCUAGUCAGAAGGGCAUACAUAUUCAAGCUAGGAGCGAUAAGGUGUUCAACCCAUGCGUCCCAUCUCGAGAGGAUGUCAGGAAAUGGAACUAUGACCGAAGGCUGCAGCAGAUGAAGGAUCAAGGCUUCUAUGCCUUGAAUUGCAUACCUUACAAAGGCUUGGGGGACCCCAUCUAUCUUGAUGAGAAGAAGAUGGUGCUGGAUUCUCUUGGUCAGCUGACAGGGGAAGAAACAGAGAGCUCCAGCAGCUCCAAUGAAGAGGAAGAAGAGAUUUGCCCAGCUAUUCCAGCCACACAAGCUUCUUUGGCAGCAGCCAAAUCUUAUCUCAGUAGGACCAGAAAAGAUCUCAACACUUUGAACAAAGAGCUUGUUAAAGGAAGAUCUAUGAUUCGCAAUGUCCAGCUUGGUCACAGUUUGUUUUACAUGAUCAAACAAGAGCGCUUAAAUAAGAAAGCUGCCAAAGAAGAGGAAAUGAGAAGGAAGAUAGAGCUGGCAAGGACGGCGCUGCAGCCUCCUAAAAGCAGUUCAAGUGAAGAUGAGACUGACACUGAGGAGGAUACAGACAGAGAAAACAUUGACAAUUAUUUAGGUGCUGAUAUUCUGUCAUUGGAUCACCUGGACUUGAAUCCAGAUGAACUUAACUCUGUGGGACGCCAAUCCAGGUCCUUAGUUGUGAGUGCUAAAUCUGUUAUGUCUUUAAGACGUAAGAAAAAGAAGAAACCACUGGUGCCACGGCCGUACACACCGAUGCAUACAAACCUUGCAGAAAUAACAGCAGAAAAAGAAGAAAUCUCUUGUCCUGCAAUUUUCCGACAACUGUGUGUUCUGAACUGGAUUCUGGAUGCAAUGAACAAUAGUGAAGGAAAUAAUAUGGGACCAAUUUCAACCUGUUGGAGGCUAAAUGAACUAGAAAUAGGUGGAUAUAAAGUGCCCGUCAAAAAGAUACGUGAGGAUAAAAAGUCUGACUGGGAAAAGUUUGUAACUUCAUCGAGUCGGGCUAAGAAAGAGAGUGUCUCCAAAUAUUUAAGAUUAUCUAGACCAUCACAACGACAUCUGACUCAUCCUAGAAUGUCCAUCCAGUCCAACUUAAGUCCAAGUAGUUCUUCUACACAGGUCAAUAUAAUGGAACAGCCAACAGACAACCAGGGAGAAAAUAUACCAGCAGCAGACAGCAUGUCUGAUGUACCAGAAACAGAUGAAGAUGAGGCUCUGUAUAAAACUAGUGUUUUCAAAUUCCUGGAUGAGUACUACGACAGUCUGCGACACCAAGCUGAGUUGGAAGAGCAGAAAAAAAGAGCAUUCGGAACAGGAGAGGCCUCAACAGAUCAAGAGCAGAUUAUCCAGUCAGAGCCCACUAAACACAAACAUAGAGACGGUCAUCACAGCAAGAACAAGUCCGAGAAACAUAUACCCAAACAAGAAAGUGAAAGUUCAAAGUCGCGUUCGUUAGAUAAAAGUAUCAACAAUGCAGUUAUCUUAAGUAAAAAUAGUCAGACAGAGCAGCCUAUGUCUGAGGACAAUAAAGCCAUUAACAGACGUAGUUCACUUGUAGAACGCCUUCAUGAAGAAUUCAAAGAAACAAGAGAGGAACUAGCUAUGCAUCUUCAUGGAGCCUUGGACCAAAUGGAGAGAGAGCGGUACACAAAAUGCCAGAAAAAGUUCAGCACUCUGAAUACCGGAUCUGUAAGUUUCCAUAGAGCGGUGGAGGCCAUGAGAAAGAAAGGAAGGCAGUUGUCUAUUAGGCCUGAAGACAUCAGGAGACAGUCAUCUUUCAAGGGACAUUGGUAUUCAGAUUUACUCAACAGUUUGCCCUAUGACCUGAAAGAUCUGUGGUACUACAAGAUAGUCUUACACAAGUUAAGCAAACAUGGUCUGGUCAUUCUUGAUGAUGAUGAAGUUGGAAGUCUAAACAGACACAGUGUUCUGAACUUUCUGAAGGCUUUGCAAAAUCUUCGAACCUGGGAAAUAUGUCACCCUGACAUAUCGGCUGCCAUUGAAUUUUGCAGAGAAAAAAUAGUUGAUAUGACAGUGAAAGAGUAUGAAGACUGGUUCUCCAAGGCCUUCCCACAGAUUCGUCGUCCAAUGACAGCGCCAGCUGUUGUUAGUAGAGGUCAUGUCUCAGCAGAAGGCAAGAAAAUUGAACUUCCCAAGAGUGCUGGAAGUAAUAACUAUAGACUAGGCCUAGGCAUCAACAGCCAAGCUAACAGCUUUGUCUCGGUGGCCAAUGGUUCUCAAGGCCGUGUGAGGAUGACCCAAUCUGCUGUAUUGAAAACAUAAAUUAUGGUUUUACUUAUAUUAAAAAAAACUUUGUUCAAUAUCACUUGUUGUUUAAACAGACUCUCUAUGUUAGAUUCAAUUUAAAUAUUGAACAAAUUUUGUUGCUUCUGUAUUAUGUAUGAUUAUAAAACAUUGUUCCUGUUUAUGAUAGGAUGGAGAAAAAAACAUUUUUAUUGUGUCUUAACUGUUAAACUUUAAGAUUUAAAUGUACAUGUACUGUUUAAUUCAAAGUAAAUCACAUUUAAACAGUUGUCAUUUUUAAAAAGCUUAUAUCAACUCACUCUGUCUGUCUGUCUGAUCAAAUGUUUGUACACUUUAUUUCUCCCACACCCAAUCUCGGAUCAAACUGACAUUUUGCACAAUUAUUUAUUUUACCUGACAACACAAGAAUCAAUUUAAAAAAUUACAUUAAUUAACUAUUGGUAAUUAAUUAUUUUGUUUGAUAUCUCAAACAAGGGAAAGAAUUAGUACUUAACUGAAGUGGUGGUCUAAGCUGAAUUAGUCCCCUAUAUAUGUCAUUGUCUGAGUCAUGAGAAGCCUGAGAAGGCUUGAGCCUUGAGUUUCAAAAAUUUUUAUAAAUGCUUUUUUUUUUUAAUUGUUACUGUAGAUUUAAUUUAAUAUCAAUUUAAUUUAAUAUCCAAACUAAUUGAUACAACUAUGCUUAUUAUAAACUUUUGUAUUUUUUUAAAGUUUGUUUUUCUAUUUGCUUGUUUAUUAUUAAAAUUAAAAAGAAUUCUACAAAUCAAUAGCCCAGCGAAAUGAAAUGUGAAGUAUUUUAUUGAAAGAAUACCCCUUUCAUUUCACAAAUUCACAAGUGUUUACCAGCUUUACACAUAUUGAAGUGUUUACCAGCUUUACACAUAUUGAAGUGUUUACCAGCGUUUCACAUAAUGAAGUGUUUACCAGCUUUUCACAUAUUGAAGUGUUUACCAGCUUUACACAUAUUGAAGUGUUUACCAGCUUUACACAUAUUGAAGUGUUUACCAGCUUUACACAUAUUGAAGUGUUUACCAGCUUUACACAUAUUGAAGUGUUUACCAGCUUUACACAUAUUGAAGUGUUUACCAGCAUUUCACAUAAUGACAAAUUCCAAUGAAACUGAGGAUAUAAUAAAAUAAUGCUUAGCAAACAAAUAUUUUUAUUCAGAUGUACGUUUAAGCAUUUCUAUAUCUUAAGAUUUCAGAACACAUACUGAAUUUUAGUACUGACAUUGUAUUUAAUUUUUUUUAAGGCAUUACUUACUAAUGCAGUUCUUACUGACUAUCCUUGCUGUGCUGAUAAGGAACUGUCAUAUUGAAAAAAAAACAACCCCUUAUUCAGAUAUUACAUUCACUAGGGCAGGUGAUAUAAAGGUUAUCUGUUUCUAAGACUAAUGUCUAACAACGGUGUUAUGUGGCCAGCAUGACCAACCGCUUUUACUUUCCUCAACUAAUGUCAGGUACCCAUUAGAGGUGGGUGGACUCAAGGGGUGCCCUAAAAGAUGUGAGCCACCACGCCCCUUAGCCAUAUUGAGCUUUACUUUUUAAAGUGCAAGACAUGGUAAUGAUGUCAUUGUACUGGUGCUGAACACAUUUCUUGCAAUUGUACUGUUUAUCAUUUGUAUAGUAAUUAAUAAACAAAACUCUCAAAUCCUAUUCAAGGAGAAAAAUCACAAAUUGUUUACAUUUCACCUAUGCUUGUCUAUGCAUGUGUGAUUUUUGAUUAUUCCUUUUUUAAAGACUGAUUUUUGUUUUAUUGCAUAGAAUAAAAAUAUUUCUUACA